AUGCAGGGAGUACUUAGUUCAGUGGCCCCGUCCACGCUCAAGUCCUACUCGGCGGCGGUCGACCGCUUUGUGGCGUUCACUUGGGGGGCAGGAGGCGGGGCAUUAUGCCCCCCCUCUCAGGAUGAGGUUCUCCGCUACCUGGCCCAUCUGCGGGCCCUGGGGCGGGCCCCCUGCACCAUGCGGCGCGACCUGGCAGCGGUCCCCUUUUUUUGCAAAACGCUGGGUUUCCCUGACCCUUGCUGCGGGUUUAUUCCCCGUAGGGCCAUAGAGGGCUGGGCUAGGCUGGCCCCUCCCCUCCCCGACAAGAGGCGGCCCAUUUCCCUACCCAUCCUGCGCCGCAUAUUGCGGGUGCUACCCGACCUUUGCUGGUCCUCCUUCGAGGCACAGCUGUUCCGGGCGGCUUUCUCCUUGGCCUUUUUCGGGGCCCUCCGGGUGAGCGAGCUGGUGGCCGGUUCCCAGGCCGACACAAGCGGCAGGGCCCUGUCCUUCACGGACGUUUCCUGGUCCCCCCGGCAAGUGGUCAUCACCAUUCGGCGCUCUAAGACUGACCAGCGCGGCAAAGGGGCUGCCAUUUGCUUGCGGGCUGCCCGGCAAGGGGCUGCGUGCCCAGUGCGGGCAGUUAAGGCCUAUUUGGGCAUUCGUCCUCAGCAGCAGGGCCCCUUCUUCAUCCACCGGGACCUCUCUCCCCUCACCCGCUAUCAGUUUUCUUCCCUCCUGCGGGCCUGCCUUGAAACCGCCGGGCUCCCCUCCUCCCAGUUCGGCACGCAUUCCUUCCGCAUUGGGGCCGCCACCGCGGCAGCCGGCCUCGGGCUGCCGGACAAGGCCAUCAUGGCCAUUGGGCGAUGGCGGUCCCGGGCCUUUCGGUCAUACAACCGCCCACACGGGUUGAGCGGGCACUGA